AUGGAGAACGGGGAUCACGGGGCUCGUUUUCCCUUCCCGUUCAAACCGUACCCGAUCCAGGAGCGCUUCAUGGAGGCGCUGUACGCGGCCUUGGAGCAGCGCAAAGUGGGCAUUUUCGAGAGUCCCACCGGCACGGGAAAGUCUCUGAGUCUGAUUUGUGGAGCGCUGACAUGGCUGAGAGACUUUGAGGAGAAGAAGAGAGAGGAGGCUGCCACACUUCUGCAGCACUCAGAGAGAGACAGAAAAGGAGGAGGCGGGGAGAAUGUGUGUAAUGGAGUCCAGAAGAGUGGCCAGGAGGAGGAGAGAGGGAGCAGCGGAGCUACGACAGAGCCAGACUGGGUGUCUGAGUUUGUGCAGAAAAGAGCUGAGAGAGAGAUGGUGAACAAAUUGAAGGAUGAGGAGAUGAAACGGAAGAGGAGAGAAGAGAGACUGGAGAUGAUCAGACACAAUGCUCAGCUUAAAUAUGCCAUGAAAAGAAAAAGCAGUGAGGUUAAUGAGGUGGAAAAGUUGCUGCAGCUCAGUAAGCAGGAGCUGAGUUCAGAGGAAAAAUCUCAUGAAGAGGAAGAGGAGGGCCUCAUUGUUGCAGAUUAUGAAAGUGAUGAAGAAGUCACAACCAAAACCAGAAAUUGUGAUGACGACGACAAUGAUGAUGAUCUUGAGGAAGAGCAUAUCACUAAGAUAUAUUACUGCAGCCGUACACAUUCCCAGCUGGCCCAGUUUGUGCAUGAAGUGCAGAAGAGCCCAUAUGGGUCCACAGUCAGUUUGGUCAAUCUGGGCUCUAGACAGAAUAUGUGCGUUAAUCCAGAUGUGGCACGGUUGGGGAGUCUUCAGCUGAUUAAUGAUCGCUGUAUGGAGCUGCAAAAAAACAAACACGAUAAGCAGAACAAGGCAGACUUAGAGCCGAAGCGCCGUCGUGGCGUCGCUAAGGCAACCUGUGCCUUCUCUGGAUAUGAGAAGUUGAUGGCAAUGCGAGACGAGGUGCUGGUGAAAGUGCGAGACAUCGAACAGCUCCUGCAGCAUGGCCGAGAGACACACACCUGCCCCUAUUACAGCACAAGGAUGGCUAUUCCUGCAGCUGAGGUGGUGGUGUUGCCAUAUCAGUCAUUACUGCAUGCAGCUACACGCAAAGCAUCAGGAAUCAAACUGAAGGACCAGAUUGUCAUAAUUGAUGAGGCUCACAAUCUGGCUGAUACACUCACAGCACUACACAGUGCUGAGGUCAAUGGAGCACAGCUCUGCAGGGCUCAUUCCCAGCUCUCUCAGUACUGUGACCGCUACAGGAGUCGCCUGAAGGCCAAGAAUCUGAUGUAUAUCAAGCAGAUCCUGUUUGUGCUUGAGGGGCUUGUGCGGACUCUUGGAGGGAAAGUGGGACUGAAUCCUGUCACUCAGAGCACUCAAUCAGGAGCUGAGCUACUCACCAUCAAUGACUUCCUAUUUAGAGCCCAGAUAGAUAAUAUAAACCUGUUCAAGGUUCAGAAGUAUUUUGAGAAGAGCAUGAUCAGCAGGAAGCUGUGUGGUUUUGUAGAGAAGUAUGAAGGGAAGGGUGUAAACACACACUCGAGCUCUGUGAACAAGGAGAAUCAGCGUAUUGAAGGGCUUGGGCGCUUUCUCCAGAGUCUCCAGAACAAACCUGCAGCUCCUCCAGAGCAGCAGGGGGCAGUAGAAGACAGACCCUCUAUGGCAUCUCCCAUGAUGCUGGUUGAAAGCUUUCUUUUUGCUCUGACUAACUCAAACAAAGAUGGAAGAGUGGUGAUGGAUAAACAAGCCUGUCUGGCUCAGAGCAGUCUGAAGUUCCUCAUGCUGAAUGCAGCGGUUCACUUUGCGCAGGUUGUCCAAGAAUGCAGGGCUGUCAUAAUUGCUGGGGGAACGAUGCAGCCUGUUGCAGACUUUAAAGAGCAACUUCUGCUGUCAGCAGGGGUCUCUGAGGAACGCAUUUCUGAGUUCUCAUGUGGUCAUGUCAUACCUCCAGAGAAUAUUCUACCCAUUGUCCUCUGCGCUGGGCCCUCUGGACAAGAGCUAGAAUUUACCUUCCAGACCAGAGACACACCACGGAUGAUGGAGGAGACGGGGCGUGUUCUGUCUAACCUUUGUAACGUGGUCCCGGGGGGUGUGGUCUGCUUCUUUCCGUCUUAUGAGUAUGAGAAGAGAAUUCUGGGACACUGGGAGAGUAAUGGAGUCCUCCAGCGCCUUGCAGCCAAAAAGAAGGUUUUCCAGGAGCCAAAGAAAGCCAGUCAGGUGGAGCAGGUGCUGUCUGAGUACUCCAGGUGUAUACAGCGUUGUAGCAGUACUGGGCAAGGCCAGUCAGGUGCGCUGUUAUUUUCUGUGGUUGGAGGAAAGAUGAGUGAAGGGAUCAACUUCUCUGAUGACCUGGGAAGGUGUAUUGUGAUGGUUGGAAUGCCUUACCCCAACAUCAAGUCCCCUGAGCUUCAGGAGAAGAUGGCGUAUUUGGACAAAAAUAUGCCUCAUGUGGAUGGUAGAAGUCCUGGGAAAACUUUAGUUGAAAAUCUGUGUAUGAAGGCUGUCAAUCAGUCAAUAGGCCGUGCAAUUCGUCACCGGGGUGAUUAUGCUUGCAUUGUGCUUUGUGAUCGCCGCUACUCACGCACUGGCACACUGCAGAAGCUUCCGGAGUGGAUCAGAAGCAGCACACACACUCACAGCAGCUUCGGCCCUGCCUUUGCCAGCAUCAGGAGGUUUUUUCUGGAGAAGCGGCAAACACAGCAGCUUUGAGCAGAACACCAGAAGACAUCUCUCAUCCAUGCGGGAGCUUUUCAUAAGCAUCUCACUGUGUGUAUAAAGUGCAUGUAGUUGUGUGAUUAUUUAAAGCCUUGUAAAUAAUUGAGGUGUGCAGGUUUUUUUUCCCCUCAGUGUCUUUGCUGUGUUUCUGCACUGUACAAGUUCAGUGCUGUUGUUCAAAUGAGAAUAUGUUUAUUUUAAUAUAAAGAAAAUUUAUAUGACCACAUAUGCAAUAUAACUAAUUCACAUUAUAAACUCACUGAUAACAGAUGCAUUCCAUAAUAAACUGACACUUGUGUAACAGAUUAGGCAUUUAUUUGUCUCUCAGAGCAGCUGCAGUACAGAGUUAGUGCUGUAGACACAGAACAAGGACCUUAUUUAAGCCUGCAUGCGCACAAAAAUGUGCCCAAACGAUGUAUGGCAGUUUUCCAACAGACAGUGCUUCUUAUUAAAAUAUGGCUGAACAAUCCAUUCAAAUAC